GCCCGUCCUGACAUCAUUUAUACUGGGGUAUGCUGAGAGGAACCGUUACGUUGAUAUGAAGCCAGAGCGGCUCGCUUGAGCCGCACAGAUACUUACAGCUGUCACUGAGGCAUUCAACUUGGAGCAAGCCAAGCCGAGAGACUGAAAACGGGAGAACGACGGAGGAAAUGGACUUUCAGACAUUUUCUUGCUUUCAGGUGCAUGGACGCACCGGACAAAUUGCUUCUAAUUCUUUACGCUGACUUUCACCACUCAGGAAUCUAACGACACAACAUCUUGUAAGUUUUCAGCGUGCGAAGAACAAAGAUGAACAUAUUCAGCCAGCAAUUCGUUUAUCAGCGCUUUCGUUCUUUUCCUGAAAACUUGUGAAGACCGUGAGGGGAAAUUGGCACAUUGCCGCUCGCUGCUGCGCGCUCUCUGGAGAUUUAUAUUUAAAGCCUAGUGCUCCGUGGAGGCUUGUGCAUCUGGGUAACCAAGAUUUAUGCAUUCCAAAAUAUUGAUUUUGUAAAUUCUUCAUAAGAUUAAGAUUGGCGUAAUUAAAAUAGAACUAUAGGUAAAGUUUUGAUCUCAUUUUGAUGCGCAAAAUUUCAUACCUUUUACAUAUUGGCAAUUAUUUGUACAGUGCCACGCAUGCAAACAUAGCUUUGUUGUUUUAUUUAUUAUUUAAUUUUCUCCACUAGUCAUUUUUAUUGGCUUUAAUAUAUUACAAGUAAGUGAUAGAAAAGUUUUAAAUGACGUUCAUUCUCAGUUUAUUGUGAAGAGAAUACAGUCACAGACAUGUGACUCAAGGAGUGGCUAGACGAUCUUUAUAGAUGUUAGCCAUGUAUUCAUUCAUUUAUAGGUAAAACGGUUUAAUUUAGCUUAAAUGAUAUUUAUAUGUAUCUUAUGUACCGAAAGAAAAUCGAAUUUUAUACAAAAUCUACCCGAAUUAGCAUAGCCAUUGAGAGAAGCAGUCCACGUGCACCGUCUGCGGCCGUGCUUUGACAGUCAUGGAGAGCGCGUGCUCUGCCGGCCCAGGUUUGCCUGGCAAUAACAUCAACAGUACCGUAGGCACUUCAUCACCAACCUGUAACCAGAGCUUGCUCAAAUUCUCCCCAUACUCUCCAGAAGCCACAGCAGGGUUUGCGACAGCCAUCACGCUGAUGAUUAUUUUUACCAUUGUGGGCAAUAUUCUGGUCAUCAUUGCUGUGUUAACUAGCCGCUCACUCAGAGGACCCCAGAAUCUGUUCUUGGUCUCUCUCGCAGGCGCUGACAUCUUGGUGGCCACGCUUAUCAUCCCAUUUUCACUGGCCAAUGAGUUGAUGGGGUACUGGUAUUUCCGCUCCGUAUGGUGUGAGAUUUACCUAGCACUGGAUGUCUUAUUCUGCACAUCCUCUAUAGUGCACCUGUGUGCCAUUAGUCUAGACCGUUACAUGUCCAUCUCACGUGCUGUAACAUACGGUGCCCAGCGGACGCACAAAAGCAUCAAAUGUGCAAUUCUGGUGGUGUGGCUGAUCUCUGCAGUUAUCUCCUUCCCACCCCUCCUCUCCAUGAACAAGAAUAAAGGUGGGGCGGAUGCAGACGGGGGGCCACAGUGUCAGCUCAACGACGAGCGCUGGUACAUCCUGUACUCUACCAUUGGUUCCUUCUUUGCACCUUGUCUGAUAAUGAUAUUAGUCUACAUGCGAAUCUACCAGAUCGCCAAACAGCGCACGCGUUGUCCACCAGGAGAGCCCCGGAAGGAAGUCCUAGCCAGUGCCACCACACCUCAGCACGAGGGGCAGGAAAAUGGGACAGGAGAGGAAAUACCUUCUACCCCACAGAAAACCCCCAGAAUGGUGAGGCCUCCCACCCUAGCUGUGUAUCAAGUGGAUUCCGUUCAGCUGUGUGAAACGAAGCGCAGCCUAACCACCAACAAUCUCCUGCAGCCUCCCUCAUCAGCCCCGACACUGACCACCCUGCAUUCCUCUCUGUGUCCCUCCCCCUCACCUUCCAACUCAUCCAAUAUUGUUUGUAAAAAAUCGAAAGACAGAAGGAAGGAGAAAAAGCCAAUCAAAGUACCUGACAACAAUAACGGUGAAAGCAUGAGCUCUGACUCGGACACAGAGCAGGGUGGACGGGGGAUAGAGGUGCCCUGCACCCCCAUCAUGACACCCAGCGGCAUCCAUUCCCCUGCCACCAUUCAGAAAUACAGAGACAUGAUAGCCACAGCCAAAGGUGCAAAGCUGGUGGCACGGAAGACAAAGCAUGAAGGAACGCCCAAUUCGGCACGCCGCAAAGCCAUGGUGAACCGAGAGAAACGCUUCACCUUUGUAUUAGCUGUCGUGAUUGGCGUAUUUGUCAUCUGCUGGUUUCCGUUCUUCUUCUCCUACAGCCUCCAGGCUGUGUGCCCAGAAACCUGCACCCUCCCAGAGCCCCUCUUCAAGUUCUUCUUCUGGAUCGGGUACUGCAACAGCUGCCUCAAUCCCGUCAUCUACACCAUCUUCAACAAAGACUUCCGCAGAGCCUUCAAAAAGAUCCUCUGCGAGAAAACCAAAGGCACAUUUUUCUGAACGUCCUUUGGACUGUCUGGAUAAGAAACAUACAGCUUUUCAGAACACAGACUACAGAAAAAGACUACAAACCGCACAAUGAUGCCGCUGUUGCGAAGGGCUUUUUGUGUUGCCCAGUUAACCAAGAACACAACGCUACUCAUGUGUCAAAAGACAAGUGACUAUUUCGUCAGGUUAAAGCCUCAGGCUUUGGAUUCCAGGAUGUAUGAUAUAAAAAGGGGCUUAUCCCAAAAUAUUUGCAGAGUGGGAAGGGGGUUGCACAAACAGCUCAAAAGAAUUGGAGACUAUUUCACACCUACAAGGACAAAGCAAAGAUGAUGUUUUUUUACUUUGCUUUUCUUAGAAUACCAUGUCUUUAGGAAUUGCAAAUAUGUAUUUCUGUUGGGUUUUUAAUCCAAUCAGUUAAACGGAGAUAAAACAUACACUUUCAAUCAC